CAUCCUCCUCACACCAUCGUUUUUUCUCUCGCACGGUCUCUUCCCGGCGUUUCUCCUGCGUUGCCCUUCAACAGCAAGAAGAGGGAGCAGACAAAAAAACUUUUUAUCCAAGAAAACCUAUCAUCUUGGAAGGUUUAUCUAAGUGUUAAUUUCAGCGUUCGAUUUCAGCCAUGGUUCAAAUUUAUGAAAUUGCUCGGUCAUGAAAAUGACGGGGGGAUUGUUCAGUGUGAUUUUGAUCCUUUUCCAAAUAUUCGGAAUAUGGAAUUCCUACUUGGUUCUUUGAAGUUAUUGAGUGUUCCAAAUGCAGGCGGCAGUUCGAUAUUAUCUGAAGUGUUCUCAUAUGAACUCCUUGGACGAUGCUUCGGGGCUAAACUAGUCAAAACAGAAAUGGAAAUCAACUAUUUUCCACAUGGUGGUGCCAUAACGGAUUACGUUGCAGAUAUUGAUGGCACACGUCUGGGUGUGUCUGUAACGCGUGCUAUGAAAUUUUACGGCGAAUACACCGACGAAGAUGCCCGGCACUUAUUAACGAAAAAAUUGAAGGGUGUUAACCAAUCUUCCAAAAAUUCCUGCGAAACCUGGACAAAACAGAUUUUACACGUUUGGACAACUUCAGAGAAUAUAACUGACGUCAUAACCAGGGUAUAUGAACACGAUAUACCACAGAUAUUAAAGAGUAACACAUUAGUUCUGGUAACUACGACAACCCGGUCGGAUUUUAUGUUCAAAAAUUGUUUCUCAUAGUCAUCAGUGGCACUUAAGAAACCGGCUUUUGGCCGACCGCUAUAGCGACAUUUCGGGUCGAAAAGUGUUUUAUGCUAGCCCAUGCGUCCCCAGAAUAUUUACGAGUAUUGUAAGCUGAUAUAUAGAAUAUGGCCUAUGUAAUUACAAAACACAGCGUAUGGGAUAAUGAAUAAUCGCUGAAUCCUAAUAAAUUUACAAGGAAUUCAAAGAACCAACUAGGAACGCCAUAUGAACGGAUUUCGUGCAAAUCUGUAUAUUGCACCAUUUUAUACAUAUAUUGUUUGUGAAUAGAUUGGGUUUUUUUUUCAUUAUUUACCCAAAGUUUGUAAAUAGAUUGUUUUUGUAUAAUAUACCCUCCAUUUGCAACAAAAGAUCAAAUUUGUCUCCGUUGUCUAUAUAUAGCUUCACCAACUUCACGCGGUCAGCUUUAGAGGCGAAUAUACUAUAAUGCUUUUAUUAUUAGUGUACUUCUACACAAUGUUUCAUAGAUAUUUCAAAAGUAUUAUUGAUGUACUUUUUUUGGAUUAAAAAACCCAUGACUGUCAUCUAAUUAAAUACAUCAAAAUAAACCACAAUGUAAACUUCCAAUGGUCAUAGCUUGAGCCAUUAGUAUGCAUCCCCAUGAAUCUGUUUUAGAUUAUUUUUUUUUCUUUUUCAGUAAUAAUGCUUUUGAAUUUUUCUGCCAUGUUGUCACUUUAAAUCACUAUUUUUUCCACCAUAGCAUCCAUUUUUAUUUAUGUCGUGUACAUUUAUUGUUUGGUAUUAAUGUUAUUAAAAUUAUAAAAAUAUG